AUGGCGAUAGACGGAGGGGGGAGGAAUUGUGGUGUUCAUGAGCUCAUCUGUGCCAGACGAGUCUCUCCUGAGCUUCUGGGUGUCCUGUCUUCCAUUGCAGCCUUCAUGGCGUUGAUGGCUCUGUUUUUUCUUUACCUCAGCAACAAGCUGUCAGUGGAGAGUCCCGCAGAUCUGUCACAUCUCAGUGGCUUUAAGAACAACAAGCCAGAGGGGGUUUUAUCAGACAGCGAGGAGGACAGAGGCCCCGAGGCUGAGGCCCUGAACGCAACGUCUGCGUGGAGCAACACGUGCAAACAGUCCACUGAGCAGGGCGGCGACAGCAGUGAAGCCUCCAACGAACGGGCCAACAGGAUCCAGAGAAUAAAGAUCAAUUCCUCCGUCAGUGAGUCCCAGCCUCCUCCGUACCAGGACGACGGCUCGGCGCCGCGCGCGACCUCUCGCUCCCGCUCGGAGCGAGAGGUCAUGAGAGGGUCGUCCACCCAGCGCUGUGACAGUGAGGCCAGUGAGGCCAGUGUCGACCAGGACACUGAGAGCUACCUCAACAAAGGAUGUGAUGAGGACAUACCCAGUGACAGCACCGCUGUGCUGGGACCAGAGGACGGCUCCGGUCUUCAGCUGCCUUCCGCCUACGAGCCAGAGCCACUUGCCAAAUACGGCACGCUGGACGUCGCCUUCGAGUACGACUCCGGUGAGCAGUGGUUGGCAGUCACCGUCACUGCGGCGACAGACAUCCCCGCUCUCAAACAAACGGGCAACAUCGCGUGGCAGGUCCACCUGGUCCUGCUGCCCACCAAGAAGCAACGGGCCAAGACCGGCGUGCAGAAGGGUCCGUGUCCCGUCUUCACGGAGACUUUUAAGUUUUCCAGAGUGGAGCAGGAGGCCCUGGGGGACUACGCCGUUCGCUUCCGCCUGUACAGCAUCAGGCGGAUGAAAAAGGAGAAGGUCCUGGGAGAGAAGGUGUUCUACCUGACUAAGCUCAACCUGCAGGGCAAGAUCGCUCUACCUGUCACUCUGGAGCCGGGCUCUGAACUCACAGGUUGCGGCUCGGUGGUGAGCGUUUCCCGCAGUGCCGGCGCUCUGUCCCAUCGCUCCACUGAAGACUCCUCUUUGCCGGAGCUCCUCCUGGGUCUCCUCUACAACUCCGCCACGGGACAGUUAUCUGCCGAGGUCAUGCAGGGAAGCCACUUCAAAACUACAGCGUCCGAUAAACCCGUCAACGGUCUGUUCUGUUGUAUAAAACACUUCGUAGGGGGGCAGCUUUAUAUCAUGAGAGACACCUACGUGAAGCUGACCAUGCUGGACUCGAAGGGGAAAGAGAUGUCCAAGUGUAAGACAGCCGUGUGCGGCGGCCAGCCCAACCCCACCUACAAGGAGACCUUUCUGUUCCAGGUGGCGCUCUUCCAGCUGUCCGAGGUGUCUCUGGUGUUGUCGGUGUUCUGCCGCCGAAGCAGCAUGAGGCCCAGGGAGAGGCUGGGCUGGGUCUCCCUGGGCCUCAACAGCACCGGCGAGGAGCAGCAGAGCCACUGGACAGAGAUGAAAGAGGCGGAGGGCCAGCAGGUCUGCCACUGGCACACCCUCACCGACACAUAGGGCCCACGAUUUAUGAACACGGACAUCGACAGCAUUCCCUUGGAAGGUCAAGAGUUCGGUCGGAGCAGGAAGCACCUUGUGUGACGUGCGUGUGAUGUGUGCGUGCGUGUGUGUGUGCUGCAUACAGGUGUGAGGGCGGGCAUCCCGGUCUUCACUGCCAGAGACUGCAUGCAUUAAUACCCUUUAAUCUGCAGACUGACUAUUGGUGGAGGCGUCAACUCCAGCGCCGGCCUUUUUAUCGACACAGGCUGAAAAUUAAUGACAUUAUGACUGAACAUUCAAAGAACAGAAAGAGGUUUCACAGUAAUUCUGCCUACAGCGAGAUCUGCAUGUACACCAACUGUUUACAGGACAAUGUUAAGACACUUCCAAACAUCUUCUGUCUCUGAAUCUUGGACCAAAGAGCUCAGUCCAUGACUAGCAGACUCCUCCCUGUUUCUUCUGGGCUUCAAUGGCCACCAGCAUACCAGACAUUUCUCUAUCAGUCAUAGCCAUUGGCAGAAGAGAAGGCAAUGAAAAGACUGUUACAAAAGGGCCUAUAACAUGCUGCAACUAUGCUUACAAGCAAUGCUUUGUACAGUUUGUUUACAUGCACAUGACAUUAUGCAAGAUACAUUCAUUGGUUUCCCCUUUUAUGUUUUUUUCCCCAUCAUCAGUCAAAUGGUUUACCAGAUUUAUGGGUGUCUCUUUGGGUUAUGUGUUACACAAAGACAGCUUUUUAUUGUUUUAUUGUGGUCUUGCAUAACCCGGUACACUAUGCAUCUGACGCCACUUUAAAACGAGCGGAAUGACAUUUUGUCUUGUGCUCGCCGAGUCUCUUACAGAAUUGGACACAGCUCUGCAUGCCACUGGUAUCAAAGAGCAGCUUCCCUUCCUGUGUCAUACAGAUUGAGCUCGUUUCACCAUUCAGCCUUCUGACAACUCAGCCAUGUUCAUUCAUGUAGAAACACGGUGCUUCCCGCUGAGGAGGAAUAUGCAAAAGCCAAUUCCUCCUCCAAUAAACCUGGCCGACUGAGGCUGUGCCGA